AUGUACAGCAUCGAUUUACCAGAAGCAGUAAAUACAGUGUAUGGCAUCGGCUCGAAGCUACCAAAGUCAGAAUGGUAUGACGGGUGGAAACAUCCGAGUCCAGAUGCUUGGACCAUGUUCCCAGAUAAAGAUAUCAAGAGACAUGCGCAGACAAGAAGGGUAUUUCAAGGCCUGUACAGCAUGUCCAGUCUUGUCAGCUACGAGAAAUACGUGGACGAAUGUGCAGAUGUCCUAGUAAACCGCUUGUCUAUAUGCUCAAAAAGCCGCGAGCCCAUUAACAUGGGCCACUGGUUCCAGUGCUAUGCAUUCGACGUUAUUGGGAAUAUUACAUUCUCCAAACCUUUUGGCUUCCUCAAUCGCGGAGAAGACGUCUCUGGCCUACUGCAGGCUCUGCAUAAGGUUAUUGCUUACUCCACCCUUAUUGGCAUAUUCUCUGCCCUUCAUCCCUACAUCUUCGCCGUCACUAAUUUCUUCGGCAUUGGGGGGGCUGCCGGACGCACAUACCUCGCAGGAUAUGUAAGAGAGAGAAUCCGUCAAAGAAAGGCCGAAAAAGAGAUGAGCGAAGAAAAGGCAGCGCCACACGCGGAUGGGUCUCCUGAAGAUUUCCUGGAAAAAUUAAUGGUUAAAAAUAAAGACGCCCCAUCCAAGGUAACCGACUACCAUGUAUUCAUGAUGAGCAUGUCCAACAUUGUUGCAGGCUCCGACACCACUGCUAUCAGUCUAUCGGCCAUUUUGUACUAUCUUCUCAAAUAUCCAGAUGCUUUGAGGAAACUCAGAGAGGAGAUUGACCAAUCUACCUCUAUUGAUGGCCAUUUGAGCUUCAAAGACAGCCUGGAAAUGCCAUAUUGGCAGGCAGUGAUGAAGGAAGCACUGCGUCUGCAUCCCGCCACGGGACUUCCUCUUUGGAGGACUGUCACUGAUGGUGGACUGCAGCUAAAUGGACAAUUCUUUCCAGAGGGAACAACUAUUGGCCUGAACACAUGGACCGCACACUACAACGAAGAGGUAUUUGGCAAAGACGCUGCAGCAUUCCGACCCGAGAGAUGGUUAGAAGCAGAAAAAGAGGGGGGCGAAAGGAUUGGGCGAAUGAACGCAUACUAUUUGCCGUUUGGUUUGGGAUCUCGGACUUGCAUUGGUCGCCAUAUUUCCUAUCUUGAAAUGUCAAAGCUCAUUCCACUUCUUAUCCAAAAUUUCGACUUCGAACUACGGGAUAGCCAGAGAGAGUGGAAAACAACGAAUUACUGGUUUGUCAAACCCAACAACUUUGAUGUAUCUGUCAGGGCAAGAGAGGCCGUGUGA